CAAUGCCAUCUAUAUAUUGAAAAGCAGUGUUCAAUACAAUCAUAUGUACUGUAAAUGCAAUGUCCGCUAAAACUCAGGUUGUCAUCAGUAGUGACCUAAACGGUGAAUUGCAUUCAGUGUGUGUCUGGGAUUUGGUUACCGCCAGCACUCAAAUCACAUACAAAAGCACGGGAUGUGUUCAACGCCACUGUCUUGACAUCGCCGCCGAUCAACUGUUGGUCAGUUCAAUCAAAGAGUCGCCAAUUAUCAAUGUGUGGUCAUUUGAGCGCAAAGAUCAGUUGCACCUUAAGAUCAUAUGUCCCGGCAAAGUGACAGCUCUCAAGUUGACCACUGAUGGCAAAUAUUGUUUGGUGGCCAUCGGUACCAGUCUUUAUAUUUGGCAGACCUCUUCGGGUGCCUUAUUGGCUAUUCUUGAGAAACAUUACCAAAAGAUUACAUGUAUUGCCGUAUCGUCUGAAUCGACUUACUUUGUGACCGCAGGUGAAGACGGUUUAGCUCUAGUCUGGUCAUUGGCCGCAUGUGUUGGAUAUGACGACACUCUGAUUAGCGAUACGAUGACCAGUGAGAAGGAACCGAUAUACAAGUGGUCGGACCACACAAAUGCUGUCACCGAUGUGUACAUAGGAUUGGGUGAUGUGGAGGGUCUGUGCUCCACGUGCUCUACUGACCAAACAUGUCGGAUCUAUGAAUUGAAUUCUGGAUCACUUCUCACAACAAUUGUUUUUGAAACCCCUCUCUGGUCGGUAGUUAUGGAUUCGACACAAACGGUAUUAUAUUGUGGCGGACACGACAACAAUAUUUAUGAAACAAAACUAUACGCAAAGUCAAAAGCUAGUGAACUGGAAAAACAAAAUAAACCACAAUUUAUUGGACACGAAGGUCCUGUCACUUGUCUAUCAAUAUCGAUGGAUGGUUUGGCUUUAAUAUCGGGUUCCGAUGACAAUAACAUAAAGAUAUGGCACGUCAAUAGCAAACAGUGCAUGAAAACUAUUACAAAUAAAGGUCCAGUUUCAAACGUAAUGGUGUUACCAUUUCCAUCAGCACUAUUGACUCAAAAGCCGCCAAACUUACCAUUCAAAAGCUUCAAACGAACUAUUCUUAGCGAUAUUUUCAGACAAAGUAGUGAUACUGAGGACGAGUAUUGCAUUGAAAUUAGAAACGAGGAAAACCUAUUAAAUAGCUUAUCAUUUAUGAAUGGUAUAGAUAUAGACAAUGAUUUGUGCGACGGAACUACUAAUUCAUACCAAAACAAUUUGGAGGAAUAUUCAGUUAGUAAUGAAAAUGAAAAUUUAAGGAAAGAGUUAAAUGAUUUGAAAGAUAUUAAUAGCAAAUUAUACAGUUAUGCAGUCGACUCGAUAUUCAAAUCACUGCCCUGAGCUUUGCACAGAGACAACAUUAUGUUUAACAAUGGGUUCGUUAACACUAUCGAUAAAUAUAUUGUUAGCCAAAUGGGCUGUCAUUUAAA